GCAAAACCAAGCUAGCAAGUGAGAAUGUUGUGUUCUUCAUUAUCUUCUCUCCGAAAUCCUUACUUCAAACACCUUAUAUUCUCCUCUUAUCUCCGCCCUCUAAUUCUUCCAUGUUUCUUUUCUCCACCUACCAAAAUCAACAGAAUCAGAGAGAAUGGUAUGAUUUCAUCUCAAGUUCUCACGGAGAGAUGGAUUUCAACGUCAUCUUCAAAUUUAUCUUCUUCCUCUUUAGAUAACUGGCCUCACAGUGAUUUCUCAUCCGCGUCUUACUUAUCUGUCCGUCUCCGCUGCCCAAAAGACAUUGCAGAUACGCUUUCAGAAGCUCUUCUGUGCUUUGGAGCAUGUUCAGCUAGCAUGGAUGAACCUGAGAAUUCUGAGGUUACUAAUGAGAUUUUCGUUAAUUCUAUAUUUACAGAACCUCAAAAUAUUGAUAGAUGUAUUUUACAUGCUGCUGAUUCCAUUGGAUUGAAAGAGAUCCCAUCUUAUGAAGUUAUAGUGGAUGAUGAGCAAUCUGACUGGGUUAAGAAAUCACAGGAAUCAUUUCAACCAGUGGAAGUUACUGAAGGUCUCUGGAUUGUGCCUGAGUGGAUAACGCCUCCGGAUUCACAAGCAAUAAAUAUAAUUCUAAAUCCUGGACUGGCAUUUGGAACUGGGGAUCAUCCUACAACUAACUUGUGCUUAUUGUUGCUGCACGGCUUGAUAAAAGGAGGAGAGUCUUUCUUUGAUUAUGGUACUGGUUCUGGAAUUCUUGCUAUUGCAGCGGUGAAGCUAGGCGCUGCUUUAGCUGUAGGAAUUGAUAUUGAUCCUGAAGCGAUUACAAGUGCAACCCAAAAUGCUGUGCUAAACCACAUUGAACCUGAAAAGCUGAAAUUUUCUUUGGUAACUAGUAGAAACACAACGAAUACUCUCACAGCUGGGACAACAUGUGGGGAUGCAGAACUUAAGAAUGCUGUUGCCGAAACAGAAAAGUAUGACAUUGUCAUUGCAAACAUACUUUUAAAUCCUCUCUUAGAGUUGGCAGACAAUAUUGCUUCCUAUGCUAAGCCGGGUGGUGUUAUUGUUGUCUCGGGUAUCAUUCUUGCCAGCUCCCACAAAUUGAAGUUUGUUAUUCUCAGUACUUCAGAGAUAUAUCAGUAUCAAAUAUGGAUGGUUGGGCAUGUGUUAGUGGCAGAAAGAGAACGAAUCCUAUAUCCAACUGAAAAGUGCGAAAACAAAUUUAUUUGGUGGAACAUGAAGCACGAGCAAUUUUUUUAUGACAGCAGCCAAGAACCACUACUACUAUGCCGAUGGCAAAGAACUGAUGAGGGAACAUCUCAUCUACAAAACAUUGGUACCUUUGUUUUACAAUUGUGAAUUGUCCUACAGCUCUACUUAGUUGCUAAAGAAUUGUGCAUGUUUCUGAGAUGGACAUUCCUGCUCAAGUGAUCGUUAAGACUGAAUUUGGCAUUCCAAGUGUUCAAGGGUACAUUUUUGGCCCGUGUAGUUCAAUUUUCACAUUUUCGCCAAGCAAGAAACCUAUCCUUUCCUUGCUCAAUCAGAGCAGAUCAGACUACCUGUCUGUCAAUUUAUAUCUAUUGGUAUUUUGUGGUA